AUGGGCCUCAUCCGCCGCGCCCUCAAACUCACCACCAUUGGCGGCACCGCCACCCUGGGCGCCUUCUUCUUCGCCACGCGCAACUCCACCUUCGUCCCCCUCCCCACCACCGACCCCAUCUUCCACACGCCCGGCUACCAGACGUUGAACCCGCACAACAACCCCACGAGCCACGACCUGUGCGUCCGCCGCGUGCGGCUGGCCGACAUCAACCCCUCGCUGCUGGAGAAGAAGGGCAAAUUGACCGAGGCGUUCUGCGCGGGCGUGUGGAGUGGUUGGGGAUACGCCUACCAACGCCGCUACCUCUCCAAGAAAUACGAAUCCCCGGCCACGGCCACGGACCUCUGGACCCGGGAGCAGCUGCGCUCCGCCACCUACGAGGUCGGCACGCGCAUCACCGACCACUUCGAGGUCGUCGAGAAGACCCCCGAGCGGAUCGUCGUGCGGUGCGGCGACUCGCCCCGCAAGACCGGCGUGCGCGACUCCGACGGCCUGUUUGAGAUUUCCGCGGUCGUGAAGCCCGAGGAGGGCGUUGCCGAGUUCGGGCUGAAGAGUGUUUUCUUCAAGGGGACGAAGAACGACACGGGCGCGGACGGGGCUGGGGCGCCGCCCAUGCCGGCGCAUGUGUUCUGGUUGCAUAAGCAGUAUACGAAGUUGUGGAUGGAGACGGGGGUGCGGAAUGUUUUAAGGUGAUUUUUGUGGAUUGGUUGAGG